AUGGCUACAGCGCAUGGGGUCUCGACUCACCUUAAAGCAGGUACAAUGGCUGCGGCGGCGCCAAUAACAGCAAGUGAGGUGCAAGAAUACGAGCGGAUUCUCAAGAUCAGCGAUGAGAUUUUCGCGGGCUCCCACCCGCGUCUCAAGGUUCCCCAGCAGUUUGUGCGCAAACCGGGGGCGCGAAAUGGCCAGACUGGUCCUUCUACCCAGCAGGCUGUUAAGAACAAGCCCCUGGGGUCGGAGAACACGCCACUGUUGGGAAUAGCGCGCUCUCCGAAUACCCAAGCUCCCGGGCUUGAGAAUGUGCCUUCGACUGCCUCCGCAAACCCAACACCUCCCUCCGCCCGCUUGGCCUCCAAACCCGUUUCAGAAAUCGAUCCCAUAUUCUUGACAAAAUCCGAUGAUUUAGUCAGGGCUGAACUUCAGCUACAACGGCAGAGGCUAGAAAGGAUGUUACGUGAUAAACUGGAACAGAAGAAACAAGAAAGCAAACAAAAACCUGCGCUCCAGGACACAAGACCCGAGUUCAAUGUCUCGGAAGUGUUUCAAAGGGCUCUCCAGGUCGUUGCGCCCGUUUCCAUGAGUGAGCCAUCAGACACAAAUGGAGAUUCCUUCGACGACAACUCCUUCUACUCCAGUAGAGCACCUGACUCUCCAGAUGGAGGUCAACGAAAAGCCUCUCCGGUCGUGCCGGGUCAGGCGGUUGGUCUCUCUACACGUGCUCCUGUAGAGAAUUACGCAGAUGAGUUACAGCGACUUGAAUCUCUGAACCAACCUGGAUCUGAUCAGGAAAUGCAAGAUGCUUACCCUGUUGCUGACCAGCGUGCCCUCUAUUCUCAAAAGCAGCCAUCUUCCGGUCAAGCAGAGAUGUCCCGUCGACUGCGUGAGUCGCAACAGUUGGAAGCUCUGGAAGAACCAGAAUACUCUCCACCGGCUCCAGUAGCACCACCCAUCGAUGACAGAUAUUAUGAGCACGGAGUAGCAAACGGUGAUGGCAGAGGCAGAUACGUCCAUCGGAACCGCGACGUACAGGCACCGGCGUCGCCUGCGGACGUAACCAUAGUUCGCCAGAACCACAUCACGUCCCCAGCAGCUCCACGGCCGUCACGAGUCUCGCCUUUGGCUGUGGCCAAAGUACCAUCUGUCCAACAGCUUCGGGAUGAGAGGCGUGAGCAGGGGUUAGGCCAGGUGUAUUCCGAUGCAGACUCCGGUCGCGAGAGCCCCAGUGGACCAGCUCCUCAUCCCAUUUCACGAAAGCGAAGAAGGCUGCAAGGAAACGGGGAGGAGGCUCGUAAUGUGUCUUACAGAAGGCAGGACCCGGAACCUUCCGAUACCUACGUUAAAGAGGAACCAGUGUCUCCUCCGCCGUUUGCCGAUGACCCUGGCAUGAUUCAAAGCCGACACGCCGAGCAGCAGCAGCCGGUGUACAUCGACAUUGCGUCGCCACGGUAUACACCAGUACUUGAAAGACAGGAAAUUUCGAGUCGGAGGCCAGUCUACGACGUUGAUCCAUAUCACGAAAUCCCUGUGGAUCAAAGACAACAGCCCCGUACACUCUCUCGACUGAGCACCAGGCGCCCUCCACGUGAUGAUGGGGAUCUUCGAAGAGUCGCCAGCUUGCAGUAUGCCAGGCAGUCGGACUAUCCUCGGGAAUAUAUCGAGGCCGAUCCCCAUGGCGGCCGUGCGGCGUCGUACACUGUCAUCGAACGACCUCAAGAACGUCCUAGGUACUACGAAGAAGUUCCACCUGGGUACGGACCUCAGUACAUCACAUUGGAUGACGCGCAGCAGUCCGUCUAUCGGGACCCGUAUUACGACGAAGCUCCCCCUCCACGAAUCAUGCCUGCGCCCCAACGCCGGUUUGUGGUCGACGAGCAUGGUAAUCAGUAUGAAAUGGUCCCCACGUCACGAUCCCAGCCAAUGGCACCUCCUCCGCGACCAGUCUCUCAAAUGCCAAAAGACGUCUACGAAGAUCGAGUCCCCGUCCGCACUGCCAGUGUCCGCGCUCCGUCUGUCGUCCAUGAACCCUAUGUCGAACGCCGAUAUAUGCAGGAGAUGCCUCCCCCAAAGCCAAGCUAUAGACGUGUCACUUCAGACUAUGCACGCCCUAUUGCAGGUGAAAGGCGAACAUACACUACACCCAUGGAGAGCCAUGAUCCCUAUGCCCGCAGUGGCAGUGUCCAAGUCGCCGAGUAUCUUCCUCGACGCCCAACAUAUGUAGAGGAGCACCCACUUCCCCAGGAGAGGGUGAUUCGAACGUCGAGUGUUCGGCCUCAGCAAGCUCGGUAUGAAGAACCGCACCACGACGUCGUCCAGCGUGUCGGAAGUAUGCGGCCCGCUGGACCCAGUCGUGAUGCCAGCGUCUUCGUGGACGAGAGACAAAUGGGCGAGUACAUCGAGCGUCCAUACUACGUCCGGGAACGACGGUAUUUCGAAGGCGACGAUGGAAAUCGCGUGGCCGUGGAUGGCGGUUCGGAGUCGAUUCAGCGUGUUCCGCAGCACUAUUGA